AUGCAGAUCGAUCCGGCAGCAUUGAGUCGGACAGACUCUGCGUCAACUGCGACAGCAACGUCCAAGUCCGCAGCUACCAGCGCUCCUACAACGCAAAAAUCCACGAAAGCGUUGAUCUCUGUUCCGCGACUGGACUUCGAGCCUAUCUACACGGAGCUGAAAGCCGCCAUUGGUGACAACUGGGCUGAGUACAAGGAAUCUACGACUCUCUUCCUUCUAGGACAUUUGAAUCAAAAUGAACUCGCGUCGCGUGUUGAUCACAUCAUUUGCGCCGAUCCGAGAAUCGAACACCUUCACAAUAAUUUCAUUUGCGCAAUUAUAGGGAACCUGACAAGAGACUUACCUGAUCAUGGCGUUGCAAGUUGGGUGUCUGCGAAUGACAAACCCUCCGUUGUGUCGAAACCGUCAUCUGGAGAUGCUGCGGAGCAAAGGCUGAAGACUGAGGUCAUGCAAUUACCUCCCAGAGAUCGUCGGCGAAUAAAAGCAAUUCCAGAGAUUGUGCCGAAUGAAUUGGAAGAAUAUCAUCUUGCGAAACAGAUCAAGCUGCCCAGUCAGGUUCCAGCGAGUGCCGGUGGUCUGAACAAAACCAACUGGGAGUUGGAAAUUCGAAAACGCUAUGCGCAACCUUUAGCAUCGGAAACCGGCGAAUUUCCAGACGCGGAAUCGAUACACGCACGAAUGGUCCCAAUAUGCUACGAAGAGUCCGUGGUGAGCGGUGCAGGUCUUCCUUGUGCCGAGUUCAUGGCUGUUGCAACUGAGACAUUUGUAAAAGAAGUCUUAUCUAUGGUGUUUUCGCGUACUCGGUGCAACGGACCGUCCGGCACUAUCAACGGUAUGAUGAUGCGGAAAUAUCGGCAACAACUCGAAUUGGAGGAGUUGGCUUAUACUCGCGGCGAGAUUGUCAAAGACAGCGCGACUGGGUUACUUCCUAUAGAGGCUAAGGAAGCAAGUACCCGUAAACCCCUCGGAGUUCGUGACCUUCGAUUAGCCUUGGAGCUUGGCGGAGGAUUGCUCAGUCAUAUGCCUCUUAUCAUGGACCAAGUCAUAGGAGGCUAUUUCGAGGAUGAAUUGGAGACAGACAAACAGGAUCGAGUGGAUGAAUUACCGGACACGGCAAAUGACGACACGAGACUGAACCAUUUCUCAGAGGAGAUGGAGGUGGACGACGAUGCAGAGUCGGAGUGGGAGGGAGCCACGGCAACAGAUCAGGCUCAGCUGGGCUCAUUACUUGACGAGUGUCUGUCUAUGGCCUCAUGA